CGGGGCGGCGGGGAGCGGCGGGGAAGGAAGAACAUCCUCUGCCGGGGAUGGGCUAAGCCGCGGAGAGCGGCUUGCGGGAUUUAGCGCUCCUUGUUCGCCCGGCCGAAGGAGUCAAGCAGGAUGGCAGAGAAGGGUAUGGAUCCCGCGUGUGUCUCCAUCGCCCUGGAGGACACGGUGUGCCACGCCAGCCCUCCGGAUGCCCCGCUCCUCACCACCCACUUGAAGAAGGUCGAGAACCACAUCACGGAGGCCCAGAGGUUUUCUCACCUCCCGAAGCGCUCAGCCGUCAACAUCGAAUUCAUUGACCUGUCCUACUCUGUGCGGGAAGGCUCCUGGUGGAGGAAGAGAGGGUACAAGACUCUCCUCAAAUGCCUGUCAGGGAAGUUCUGCCAGCGGGAGCUCAUUGGGAUCAUGGGGCCCUCGGGUGCUGGGAAGUCCACACUCAUGAACAUCCUGGCUGGGUACAGGGAGACCGGGAUGAAGGGCCAGAUCCUGGUGAACGGCCGGCCGCGGGACCUGCGCACCUUCCGCAAGAUGUCCUGCUACAUCAUGCAGGAUGACAUGCUCCUGCCUCACCUCACUGUUCUGGAGGCUAUGAUGGUCUCUGCUAACCUGAAGCUGAGUGAGAAGCAGGAGGUGAAGAAGGAGCUGGUGAAUGAGAUCCUGACGGCCCUGGGGCUGCUGGAGUGCUCGUACACCCGCACCAUCUCGCUGUCGGGAGGGCAGCGCAAGCGCCUGGCCAUCGCCCUGGAGCUGGUGAACAACCCUCCGGUCAUGUUCUUCGAUGAGCCCACGAGCGGUCUGGACAGUGCCUCCUGCUUCCAGGUGGUUUCCCUGAUGCGGUCCCUGGCUCAGGGUGGGCGCACCAUCAUCUGCACCAUCCACCAGCCCAGCGCCAAGCUCUUUGAGAUGUUCGACAAGCUCUACAUCCUGAGCCAGGGCCAGUGCAUCUUCAAAGGCAUCGUGACCAACCUCAUCCCCUACCUGAAGGGUCUUGGCCUUCACUGCCCCACAUACCACAACCCUGCUGACUUCAUUAUUGAGGUGGCCUCAGGAGAAUAUGGAGACCUCAACCCUGUCCUCUUCCGAGCUGUCCAGAAUGGCAUGUGCACCAUGGCUGAGAAGAAGAGCAGCCCCGACAGAGCAGAUCCGUCCUGCCCAGCCCACUGUGUGACGGACGUGGACCACAUCGAGAGCCACACGUUUGCCACCAGCACCUCAACUCAGUUCUGCAUCCUCUUCAAGAGAACCUUUAUCUGCAUCCUGAGGGACACGGUGCUGACCCACCUGCGGUUCAUGUCCCACAUCUGCAUCGGGGUGCUCAUUGGGCUGCUCUACCUGCACAUCGGCAACGACGCGGGCAAAGUCUUCAACAACACCGGCUUUCUCUUCUUCUCCAUGCUCUUCCUCAUGUUUGCCGCACUGAUGCCCACCAUCCUCACCUUCCCCCAGGAGAUGACUGUAUUCCUGCGAGAGCACUUGAACUACUGGUACAGCCUGAAGGCCUAUUACCUGGCAAAGACCAUGGCAGAUGUGCCCUUCCAGGUGAUCUGCCCCAUUGCAUACUGCAGCAUCGUGUACUGGAUGACCGGUCAGCCACCCGAAGCCACGCGCUUCCUCCUCUUCUCUGCCCUGGCCACCGCCACGGCCCUGGUGGCCCAGUCCCUUGGGCUUCUCAUCGGAGCUGCUUCUACUUCUUUACAGGUGGCCACCUUUGUGGGACCCGUCACUGCCAUCCCUGUCCUGCUCUUCUCGGGCUUCUUUGUCAGCUUCAAGACCAUCCCCACCUACCUGCAGUGGAGCUCCUAUGUCUCCUAUGUCAGGUACGGCUUUGAGGGCGUCAUUCUCACCAUCUAUGCCAUGGAGCGCGAGGACCUGGAAUGCCUCGAGGACUUCUGUCCUUUCCAAAAACCCAUCAAGAUCCUGCAGGAGCUGGAUGUGGAGGAGGCCAAGCUCUACCUGGACUUCCUCAUCCUGGGCAUCUUCUUUGUCAUCCUGCGGCUCCUGGCUUACCUGGUCCUCAGGUACAAAGUCAAAUCAGAGAGAUAAAGGGGCCGUGGGGCCCCAGUGCUGUUCCCGGGCCUGGCCUGCUCUAAGAGACAUUCCGCAGAUGGACACAGCACUCCUAGCAGGUCAUGGACCACGGCGGAGGCAUUGGUAGGUGCCAGCCAGGCCUGGCUCAGUCGAGAAGGGUUUUGAGACGUCUCGGAACUGUUUUAACCUUUCCAUGCACUCUUCAUUGCAAACGUUUUGUACCACCCUGGCACACGCCACCCCGUCCCCCAAGGACUGCCGAACCCCACGGAGCUUGGGGCCCCUCUUGUCACCCCUGCCCGGCACUGCCCUUCUCCACCAAACACACCGGGACUCUGGGGAUGGUGCCGUGGAGGUGGCUGGCUGCGGAGCAAGGCCAAGAGGAGCCAGCUGCUCCAGGCAGGAGGAGAGUGAGGUCCUAGGGCUGAAAGCAGGAGGAGACACCCGCAGAGCAUGGAUCCACAGUGCAGCCCACAGCCCUGUUGCUUGCCGUGGGCAGCAGCAUGCGUGUCAACGCUAAGAAGAGCCCAAAGAUGCAAUAGGCCAAGUUGCACAAGGCUUUAGUGUUUCCUGUCACCACAGCCACAGAAAUUGCUGCAUCCUCUUUUCCUUUCUGCAUAAAUCCUCCCUGGUUUUUGUUUGUUUGUUAUAUUUUGGGUUUUUUUCUUUUCUUUCCUUUAAUUUUUUUUAUAAACCAACUGCUUCCCAUUCUGCAUGGGAAAGGGGAAAGGGAGCCAGCAGGCAAAGGAAGGACCCGGGACUCUGCUCAGACUUCUGCUUGGAUGCUAUCCUCAGAGAUAGGAUCUUCAAACCUGGGGAUAUGGCAGGGUCUGUGGGAACGGAACAGUAUUCUCAUUCCUUUGGGAGUCUCACGUUCAUUCCGUGUUGUCUUUGGGGUCUCAGCCAAGAGGAUAGAAUCAACCAACGAGGAGAGAAGUGACUGGUCCCUCCAAGUGCUUGCAUGAAGCAGGGAAGAUUGAGGUUCCCACACCCUGCCAGUGCAAGGUGGCUGGAAAGCAGGGCUGGGCUCAGCCGUGCCAUCGCUGGAGCCUCUACUGAAGGAGAAGAGCUGGCCCCGAGCCCUUCCCUUGCGCCAUCUCAUUCCUCACCCCUCUUCCCCGGCACGACUGUGGCUGUCUCAGCAGAGCAAGGAGGAUGAGCCUCACCCAGCACGGCUGUGCAGGAGGGGAUGCCGUCCCCAGGGACACCCGGCCUCAUCACAGUGCAAACCCCCCAAGGUAACGCUGUGCAGAAGGGGGGUCCCUGCAGCGCCACAACUGGAAAGCAGGUGAGAUCUCACAGCGGUUUUUUGCACUGGGUGACCCUGACGGUGGGAAGGGCUUUGCACUUUGGGACUGUAUCAGGAAAAGGUCCCUUUUGGCAAGUGUCUCUGGUGGCUCUUCCAUAGUGACCUGCUUCUCCACACUCCUUGCGGAUGGAAGGCGUUUUGGCACCUCGCUGGCUCUCCAAAGGAACAGAGCUGAGACUGGAGCUGGUGGGGCAUCUGCACACGCUGCUGUGCUGGGAACACAGCGCGCUGCUUAACUACAUGGCCUGUCUCUAUGGGUGUUCUGGAACUAGUGUCGCUGGCGCUGGUGUCACAAGGCUGCACUGGUCACCCAUGCACGGAGGAUCCCGCUGUGAGCAUGGACAUGGGGAGGGCAGCUCUGCCUCAUCCUGGCAUGCUGGGCUCUGAUUCAAGCGCAGUCUGUGAGACGCUGCUGCUGGCGCUCUCUGAGCAGCAGGGAAUCGCAGGGCAAAUGCCAGAUUUCAGCAACAUCCUUGAGACUGUUCUUUGCUUUAACUGUCUCAUGUUGGGACUGCUCCACACAGCAGGGGCUGGCUGGCCUGCAGGGGGAUGGCAGACACACGGCAGAUGAUGCUGGGCACUCGGCAAGGUCGUGUUUUCCCUGCCUGGACAGAAUCGCUGCGAGGAGCUUGUAUCCAUGGGGCAAUCCUGCACAGAGGGUCUGGAAGCAGGACGUGCCCUGAUGCCCUUUUCAUGCUGAGCACUGGGGUUUUCCCCAGGGGCUUUUGUCUGACUUAGUACUGUCUCUCACAGAAUUCCCCUCCGCUCCUGGAUCUUCCUUCACUGCCAGCUCUGCGCCAUGCUCUGCAAUGGGGUCGUGCCAGCUUGGGGGCUGAUAUCUCCUUGGCAUGAUGCUGCCAGCUGCAGCCACAGGGUCGAGUGGGGAACGGUCCCCAUGUGUGCUCUGUUACGAGGUGGAUGGAUGGGCAGGGAGCCAGGGGGAGCUGUGGGCUGUCACCCUUCUCCAUCUCACUGUCCUUGGGGCUGAUGGGACUGAUGCAGGGCUUGUGUCCUGCUCUUGGGCUGUGGCUGCUUCAGCCUUGCCCAGUGCAGUGUGCGCUGCUGGCCUGAGGGUUUUCCCUGGUGGAUACCAAGGUGGCAGGAGGUGCCAGUGAUGCGGUUUUGCACAGCUCCUGCCUCCUGGCUGUGGGGCUUGGUGGUGGGUCCUGCUUCCUCCACACCGGAGGCGCUGCCAUUCCCAGCACUGAGUCCUGCUGGGACAUGGUGCCUCCUGUGCCAGCGCCACUGCCAGAAGGACCAGGAUGAGAUGGACUAGUGUGGAACAGAGGGGGCUACCAGAAGGCACCUGUGAUUGCCACUGCCUGUGUUCCCCAACGCACAGGGAUGCUGCAACAGAAGCCUUUGCUGGCCAGCCUCCGCUGCUUGCAGAGAAGCCCUAUGGGGCAGGCAUGGCCAGAGGAAGGCAGCCAGAGCAGGUACCUCCAUAUGUGGCUUGUUGGACCAACCUGUCCAGGAUGGGGCGGUUGGCAGCACCACCAGGACCUCCAGGACAGUUCAGCACAGCCCAGGCCUCCUGUGCCGGUGAGUGCACGGGUUGCUGACUAGCCAUGGGGCCACUGUGGGGCAGAGGACCAGGGCAAGCCUGGAGGUGGAUGAUGGCUGCGUCUCCAAGCUGAGCAAGGGUGCUCAUCCACAGGGCCGUGGCAGCAGGAAGCCUGAGGCACAUUAGAGAAGGGCACUGGUGCUCCCAGCCGAGCUGGCAAGUGAAUGUGUUGGUACCCAGGGGCUGCAAUGGGUGAGGGAUCUGGGCACGCAGUGGCAGAGAGCGCCUGGGUCUGGCAGACCCUGCCCCAGGUGAAGGCAGCCUUGGUGGUGCCUGAGGGCAAAUGGUGUUGGAGGAGUGAAUUGAGCCAAGGUGUCAUGAACAGGGACAUCCAUUGCUCCUUCUCUCCCAACGAGGGCAAUCCCAGAGAUGGUGGAAGGCACAGAGAAAUGCAAAGAGACCCCUUGGCAAUAACACUGGUCAUUUUGUGGUGUGGAGCUUGGGUCUUGCCUUGUCCUGACAGGGUGGGGAGCACCCAUGUGCUGGGCUGGCACGCAGCAGCGAGGAUGCACUUUAUUGGAGCAGGGGAGCAGGGCUGUGGGUGCUUCUGGCUGCGGGAAUCCCACCAGGGAACGCGUCUGGAUAAUCAUGAGGAGCGUGAUGGAGGAGAGCAGGCUUCUUCCCCCACACCUCCUCUCCCCCCCUGCCCCUUGCCUUCCCUUGCAAUGCACUUUGAAUAGAUGAAGAUGUGGUUCAGGCUGUGGCUCCAGCUCCCUGGGAGCACCGGUUGAACCGUAACCCAUCCAAAACUGCUUCAGCCCCUUAGCCUGGCUCCUUCAGCCCACAGGCACGGUUGUGUCGGGUACUGCCUCUCCCUCAUGUGUGCUGUGAACGCAGGCAGGCAAGCAGGGCUAUGGCCUUCCACCACCAUGCAUGUCCAGGCCACCUUUGUCACACGUACAAGAAGAGCAAACGCAUCGCUACCUGGCUGGUGUGAGGGUUUGCUGGAGCAGAGACUGGGAUAGAACAAGGAGGGGAUGGGGCUUCUCCCAGGGAUUCACCCCUCUCUCAAAUCAGGCAAUAAAACAGUGUUUCCUUCCCA